UUUGAUAUGAUGUGAUCACACACACACACACACACACACACACACACACACAGUGAGGCCCCUGAUGACACGUGAACACUCACACACACACACACACUCGGUCCUCAGAAUGACACAGCUCUGAUCGGAGGGAGGUGAUCUCUGAAAUUGCUCAGUGAGCACCCCUAAUUUCCCUGAUUUACAUAUUGCUGUCAAUCACACCCAAUGGAAUCCAAUCAGAAAGCAAGUGGGGACGGACUGGAGGGGACGCAGAAGGAGGCGGCACUGCGGGCGCUCAUGCAACGCACAGGAUACCAACUGCAGCAGGAGAAUGGUCAGCGGCGGUACGGUGGCCCACCGCCCGGCUGGGACGGCCCGCCGCCAGAGAGAGGCAGCGAGAUCUUUGUGGGGAAAUUACCGAGAGAUCUGUUUGAAGACGAACUGGUUCCACUGUGUGAGAAGUUUGGUAAAAUCUACGAGGUGAGGAUGAUGAUGGACUUUAAUGGGAACAACAGAGGUUAUGCCUUUGUCACCUUCAACACCAAACAGGAGGCCAAAGCAGCCAUGAAGCAGCUCAACAACUAUGAGAUCAGGAAUGGCCGCCUCCUCGGAGUUUGUGCCAGUGUCGACAACUGCCGUCUGUUUGUGGGCGGGAUUCCCAAAACCAAGAAGCGCGAGGAGAUCCUUUCUGAGAUGAGGAAGGUCACUGAUGGAGUUGUGGACGUCAUCGUGUACCCCAGCGCUGCUGAUAAAUCCAAGAACCGAGGCUUUGCCUUCGUUGAGUACGACAGCCACCGAGCAGCCGCCAUGGCCCGCCGCAAACUACUGCCAGGUCGUAUUCAGCUGUGGGGUCAUGCCAUCGCUGUGGACUGGGCGGAGCCUGAGGUGGAGGUGGACGAGGAUACCAUGGCAACCGUCAAGAUACUGUACGUCAGGAACCUGAUGCUGCAGACCACCGAGGAGACCAUCGAGAAGGAGUUUAACAGCCUCAGACCAGGUGCAGUGGAGCGAGUGAAGAAGAUCAGAGACUACGCCUUCGUCCAUUUCACCCAGAGAGAAGACGCCAUCAACGCCAUGAACGCCCUCAACGGAAAGGUGGUGGAUGGGUCUCCCAUCGAGGUGACUCUGGCCAAGCCUGUCGACAAGGACAGUUACGUCCGUUACACCAGAGGGACUGGAGGGCGGGGAGGACCUCUGCUGCAGACCGACUACGCUGCCUACACUCUGGGACAGGUGUACGACCCCUCAGCAGCGUACCUUGGUCCGCCCGUGUUUUAUGCUCCCCAAGCCUACACUGCCAUACCAGGUCAGUUCCGCUUCCCGCCGGCCAAAGCUCAAGUGGGAGGUCGAGGUCUGAUCAGAACGCCGUCUGUUAGAGAAAUUUACAUGACUGUACCUGUAGGGGCUGCCGGGGUGCGGGGGCUGGGUGGGCGGGGCUACCUGGCCUACGCUGCCGGGGUCGGAGCCAUGGGCCGAGGCAGCAGUGGUGGUGCCUCCUAUGGCCUGAAGGUGGACAAGCAGGCCGAGGAGAAGCUGUAUGACCUGCUGCCGGGUAUGGAGCUGACCCCCAUGAACCCUGCUGCCAUGAGCCUGAAGGCCGCUGCCAUCAAACCUGCACCACAGGUUCUGGAGGAGUUGUGUCAAAAGAAUAACUGGGGUCAGCCCGUCUAUCAGCUCCACUCUGCCAUCAGUCCAGACCAGAGACAACUCUUUCUCUACAAGAUCACCAUACCAGCUUUGGCUACACAGUACCCCAAUGUCCAUCCCUUCACGCCUGCUAAGCUGUGUGCGGCUGUAGAAGAAGCUAAAGUCCACGCGGCCGAGCACACCCUGCAGACGCUUGGUCUGCAGACAGAGGGCGCCGCCGACGCCAGCUGUGCUACUGCUGCCGCUGUGGCCUCAGUAGCCUUCCCAGGUUACACUCUGGCGAGCCCGGCGUCGUCUGCGGUCGCCUCCCAGCUGAAGCAGGCCGUGUCUCUGGGUCAGGACCUGACCGCCUACACCACCUACGAGGGCUACCCAGCCUUUGCUGUGGCGACGCGCCACACCGACGGCUACGGCGUUUUCUAGAACAGCGGUUUCCGAAGAGGAACAGCUGAGGACGCAUUCACACUAAACUGCUUUUUUUUUUUUUUUCAAGUGUGUGUUUUACAUUUUAAAUCCGUUUAAAAAGUUUUCAGUUUAUGAGUGGCUGGUUGAUUACGGUAAAAAAAAAAAAAAAAGUGGGAAUGAAUGAGCUCGUUGUUGAUCGCAGUGUGAACUUUGUGAGAGUUAUUUCUACAAAAACAAAAGCAGAAUAGUGUGAAUGCACCUUUACGCUGGCUGCUGUCCAACUGCCUGUAGUUUUUACAUCAAGACAAAACCACUGUGGACUUUCGUCUCGACACAUUUUGAAAACCGCUGCUGGAAAACGUUUCAGGCUCGUCACUCGCCCUGAAACAAAUUCCUCACCUGUCACAUCUUUUUCUUUUUUCAGAUUAUCUGCCUCUGCUCUUCUACCUUUGUUUGAUCUGAAUUAUGUGUAUGUGCAUAUAUCUGUGAUUAUUUCGUGAUCGGUUUAGUAGCUGGCUUAUGAUUGGCUGUAGGUAUGAAUUAAUUUUUUGAUCAGUUAAUAUGUUUUUUUUCAGUUUUUAGUUUGUUUGCAUUUUCCUAGCAGUAUGUUUACAAUAUUCAGAGACCGAAUUGGCUAAAUAGAUUUUAUUUUAUCCUGUUUUGUAACUCUGCGUUAUUAUCUCUAAGAUAACUGGGAUUUGUAGUUCUUUUGAAUAUCAUUCAACUGCAAAAUUUUGUUUUGCAGUGUUGUCUUCUUUUGACAAUUUCAGCUGUAUUGUUUGUCACAAUACAACAGAAAACAACCUGAAGAUACACCUGACAUGUGGACAGAGUCUGGGAUUUUAAAAUGGAAACCCUGUUGUGGUCGCUGAGGCAUUCUGGAUGUUUUAGUUUAAUAUGUUUUGUAGUUUUUAGAUUGCAUACAUCUGAAAGGAAUCCAAAUGAACAUUGUGUCCUAAACUUUUUCUCCCUCAUCCAUAUUAACAUAUGAGACCAAUGCUUGGACUAAAUGUUUUCACUUUAUUCUUUCGGUCCUCACAUCUGAUGUGUGUUACGUUAACAAAAAGAUGAAAGCUCAUUUGAAAAGCUUUUUGAAAAGCUUCAUCACGACUACCUGUAAUACUGCUGUUCUGCUACAUUGAUGCUCAGCAUAUGAAAGAAAACACCUGAAUGUGAACCUCAGAACCGGAAUAGAAACAUCGGCUUGUCAAAAUGCUUCAGGUCUUCACUGUCAUGUGGCAGUUUCCCUUUUAUUUGAUAUUUCUUUACCACGUUUCAGUAUUUUCAUGUUCACAUCGUGUGUCAUUUGUUCCACUUCUACAAAAGAAAGAUUCUUAAAUGUGCCCCGUCUCCGGAUUUUUCAACCCUAUCGCCAAACAUCAGUAUUUGACGAUUCUGCAGAACCUCAGAUUAUGCUCAUAGCUUUUCUUUCUUCCAAUGCCGACGUUUUAAAAAGUCUCUCUUUCUGCAUUAUCUGCUAGUGGCAACUAAACUGUGGUUAAGACUUGGUAGAAAUCAUAAUUAAUAAAUUAUGGCUAGGCAACUUAAAAUCUUGGUUAAAGGCACCCAACUAAAGCUUUUACGUCUGUGUCUCUUAACGAUGGUCACAAAUCAGACAAAGGAAUUCACUUGUGGAUUUGGCAGAAAAAAAAAACAAUCCGAGCCACUAAAAGUCCAAAUUAAAAAAAUCUAACUUUAAAUUUCUUUAAUUUAACAUUUAAAGAAAUGUCAUAAUGACAGUAUUGGCCUUUCAAUGAGAACAACUCCAAAUCGCUUCUCAGCUAGUUGUGACUGUGAGUUGUGUAGGACAAAGUGACGUCAUCUUCUUUUCCAAUAAUAACGAACGCAGAGUUAAAAGCCGCACAGAUCAUCAGUCCGACUUGAUUUUUGUUUCUUUAAGUGUUUCUGGAGAGUUUUACAUUUGACGACACACGCUGACAUCUGAGCUGUGAACAUGCCGAAGCAGAGACAGUAUUAAAGUGUGUGAAGCACUUAGAACUUAUUUUUAUACCAGGAAAAAGAAAAAUAUCCAGACGCUAUUUGUAUAGAGUUAGUUUGAAUUCUCUUUGCCUCCAUAAUUGACAUGGAAACAGAAACAUGUGACACUGAAUCAAUAAUAAUCUGUGAUGAGAAGAAUUGUGGGUAUUCUGGAGGGUUUUCAUAUCAUAUAAGGAAACCGCUUUGAUGAUCCAUAAUCUUCCCAAAAUAAAGAAACCAAAAUCUGAAGAA